AGGAGUCGUCUUCUUCUUCUUCUUCUUCUUCCCUCCACAAACAAUGCCACAAUCUUGGGAAUAACCAGACUCCAUUUGUGCUGUCAAUUUUCCGAGAAAAAAAACUAGCCGAACAAAUUUUCUCUCCCUAUUCUUACCGAUUUAUAACAAUGUCCACCUUCUGUUUCUUUUCUUUUGCUCUCUAAAUAAAGAUCCUGAGUUUUAAAUUUCUCAACCCUCAUCCCCCUCCCUAGCCAGGAGGGAUGGAGAUAGGAAACAGAUCCAAAUCCCACCAAACAAUUCAUUUUCUAUCCCCUUUGUUGUCGUCUUUACUUUCAUCAACAAUGGUGAUUUUCCUCCUGGCUCUUCUCGCCUUUUCCAGCCCCGUUUUUGUCUCGUCCGCAACUCCGACGACCGCUGUCAAUGGCUUUACCCCUGUUGAUAAUUUUCUCUUCGCGUGUGGGGCUAAGACCUCGCCGAAAACUCCUGAUGGGAGAGUGUUUAAGAAUGAUCAGGGAACGACUCAGCAUCUUGAUACACAGAAUGAUGUUCUUGUUUCAAUUCCAUCGGCCGACAAUGUUUCUUCUCCGAUUUAUUUAUCCGCCAGAAUCUUCCAUGAACAUGCUACUUAUAAGUUCACCUUGAAGCAACCUGGUUGGCAUUUUGUUCGUCUCCAUUUUUUCCCCUUUCAGAAUGACCAGUUUGAUCUUGCGAAGGCGACUUUCUCUGUUUCCACGGACAAGCUGACUCUUCUCCAUAACUACAGAUCUAACAACAACACUCAGCCUCUCCAGAAAGAGUACCUGAUGAAUUUGACAGAGGCUGAGUUCUUCAUCAAUUUCUUGCCGAUGAAGAGUUCCGCUGCCUUCAUCAACGCCAUUGAGGUUGUCUCGGCUCCGGAUGAUUUAAUCUCCGAUUCCGGAGCUGCUCUUUUCCCCGUGGGAGACUUCUCUGGUUUAUCCACAUUCUCUUACCAAACAGUUUACAGGGUUAACAUGGGUGGACCUCUGGUUACCCCACAGAAUGAUACAUUACAAAGGACAUGGCUGCCUGAUAAGCAAUAUCUUCAAGAUGAAAGAUUGGCUGCUGAUGUUUCUGUUCCCACAACCGUAGUCAAAUACAAAACUGGAGUUACCCCAUUGAUUGCGCCGCAAACAAUUUAUUCCACGGCAGCUAAGAUGGCUGAAUCGCAGACCAUCCAGCCUAAUUUCAAUGUGACAUGGAAUUUUGAUGCUGACCCAUCUUUCAGCUACCUUGUCCGGAUGCACUUCUGUGAUAUAGUUAGUAAAUCUCUCAAUGAUCUCUACUUCAAUGUUUACAUCAACGGCAAAACUGCGGUUUCCGGGUUGGAUUUGUCUUCAUUAACAGGCGGAUUAGCAAUCCCAUAUUACAAAGACAUUGUUGUGAAUGCAACACUGAUGAGUAGCAAUCAGCUUGUUGUUCAGAUCGGUCCAAUGAACGAAGAUACAGGUACUGUUAAUGCAAUCUUGAAUGGUCUCGAGGUUAUGAAA